ACAUGUAUAAAACGACAUUUACAUACACAUAUUUCAUAUUUAUUAUUUCAUACAUAUUUCUUUUCUUCUCUACCUUAUCAUCUGUAUCUUUGUUUGGUUGUGCACAUGGGUAUUAGUCGGUUUUGAAUUGCAUGAUGCCAAUUCCAACUACAUUCUACCUACACAUUUUCCAGUACUUAAAAGUUAAGAUUAAAUUGUAACACCAAAAACAGGUUUAUAUCAGCAGACACGCAUGCAUCAAGUGAAAUCCUCUUUCAGGAAAACAAAACUAAGAACCCGGGAUGUGUAUGAGUUCCAAGGGAUUGAGUCAGAAUGUGAGCUAUCUUUUUUUAUGAAAUUCAGUGUGAAUUUCAUAAAACCAGAGCAUGAUGAUAAGUUGACCUUUAAGGGUCAUUCUCAGGUUUGAGUCAGGGGGAGGAGAGAUGAGGGAAAUGGACCCAGGCAAGUUCAGAGCAGACUAUUUAAAUGGGGAACCUGCAAAGAGGCAUGCGCCAUCUCUCUGUCAUUCAGUGUUACAGGAGCACAGCCACAAGUCCAAAAACACAGGAUGCACAUCCUUCUGGCCCUUCUCUAUGUCUCUCUUGUGUUGGCUCCUGGGUGCUCAAGUCUUCCCACAAAGGGAGACUCCAUCAGAAAUACCAUGCACAGCAUAAUGAACAUAGCUCAGAUAACCCUGGUCCACAUUAAGAAACUAAGGACAAAGUUGCCAGUGGCUCCACAGAUAGAAUUCAGCACUCCUUCCAUCGAGGGACUAACUAGUAUCAGCCAUGACCUUGGGCUUUUGGAUAAUGAACUGCAGAGCCCUUUCACAGAGCUCCUCAGCCAGAUCCAGGCAGAUGUCUCCAGCUUGGAGGGAAGGGUGCGCUCCCUCGCCCUGACAAUGGACUGUCCCAUCCAGGCCAGACCCGGAAAAGAAACCAGUGACAAUUUGUUCCCCGAGAGUCACCUUUACCUGACUCUGACCAAGGUGCAGCGCUACCUGGACAUGUUUCUUCUCAACAAAGACAAACUCAAGGUCUGCUGAGAAAUCCACACUUAGAGGCUUAUUUGCACAAAUAAUGCAGUGUAAUCAACAAUGUAAUUUGUCUUUGCACAUA